AAAUCGUCAUUAAAUUUGGAGGGAUGAAGAAGAAGAGGGAGACAGAGUCUUCAGAGGAGGGGUCUGAUGAAGAGCGUCCGCCUCGAAGAUCCUUUAAAGACGAUGACUCGACSCGUCGGUCGAACCGCCAGGUGAAGAGGAAGAAGUAUGCAGAGGAGGGAGAGGCCAGGGUGUCUGAUGAGGAGGUGAAGGUCAUGGUUAAAGCCAAGAGGACCAGCACUGCUGCAGCACGCAAAGAGCCAGCACAGCAGCUGUUUGUGGAAAACCCCAGUGAGGAGGAUGCUGCGGUUGUUGACAAGAUCAUGUCAUCUCGAAUAGUCAAGAAUGAGGUCGCUCCAGGAGUUAUCAUAGAAGUGGAAGAGUUCUUUGUAAAAUACAAAAACUACUCCUACCUCCACUGUGAGUGGGCCGUAGAGCAGCAGCUGGAGAAAGACAAGAGGAUUCAGCAGAAGAUCAAACGUUUCAAGAUUAAACAGGCACAGAGAGCCCACUUCUUUGCAGAUAUGGAGGAGGAUCCCUUUAACCCUGACUAUGUGGAGGUAGACAGAGUACUGGAGGUGUCCUAUUGUGAAGACAAGGACACAGGAGAGGUAAGAGUGGGGGGUGGGCUCUUUCAUUCACAACAAAUGACCUCCAACGGAGAGAUGAUUAGACUGCCUUUUGUUGGAAAGAGAGAGAGACAGAGUGUGUAUGUCUGUAAAUUGUGUGUGUGCGUGUGUGUGUAUGUCCUUGAGUGUGUCUCAUCUCCUCCUUUGUAGAAGAUACUAUUGUAA